AUGUCAGGUUUUGUUUUAGAUGGCGAAGAAUAUCAUCUUGAGUAUGAAGGCUUGCCUCUCUUAUGUUCGAGCUGUGGAGUAUAUGGUCAUAGACAUGAAGUAUGUCCUAUGAAGAAAACUGGAAGUCAAGUUGAGUGUAAUGGUGAAUCCAUGGAGCCAAAUGUACAGAAGAAGGUUGAUGGAGGAAACGACAUAGGAGAGCAAGUGAUAACUCAAGAGACAUGGACAGUGGUAAAAGAGAAUAGGGUUUUGAAUGAGACGGGAGCAAAUGAGGAAACAGAGGAAGUGGUAGCCCUACAAUGUAGAACGAAAAGAAGACAGGCCAAGGCGAAAAGGACAAUGGCUGCAGAAAAGGAUGUGUUCCAGGAAUUAGGCGUAAUUAUAGGGGACACCAACGAUCACAUUUUAGCUGUACAAAAGCAAGAAAAGCAAAGAAGAGCAGAGAAAAGGACAAGGGAUAUGUUCGUGAACCACAAGAGGCAAAAAGACAUGCUGAUGAUUACUAUGGGUGACGGAGAGGAUCAUAAAGAGGAUGAGGAAAUGAUUCAAGAGGGGGCCCACAAAGUGAAUAUUCAUGUUGAGGAAUUGGGUCAAUUUAUGCCAAUUGAUCUAGGUGAAAGAUCCAUACAAGAAAAUGAUCUAGGAGAUAACCAUUUUAGGCUAGAACUUGAAAGCCCAAUGCAAACUGAGCCAGCGGGAUAUUGUGGUAAUGGACUCCUUAAGAAUUUAAAGGAGGUCUUAAAGGGGCCAAAGCCCAACCUCAUUGUCCUAGCUGAUACACGCUGUGAUGAUGCAUUGCGUCUUCAAAAAAUCAAAAGCCUCGGUUUUGAUAUGAUAAAGAUAAUCCCUAGUAUUGGUCAUUUAGGUGGUUUGGCAGUAGCUUGGAAGACUGUUUAUGCAUUACCCCAUUUGAAUUUGAGAGAAGAGCUUUGGGCUCGAUUAAAACUCCUUUCUACCACCAUAUUAGAACCAUGGAUUGUUUAUGGUGAUUUUAAUGAUAUAACCUCACCAGUAGAGCGAAUUGGAGGAAAGGCCGGAAACUCAAAUAGGUACACUUGGUUUAGUGAAAGAAUUGAUGAUUGCUCACUUUUGGAUAUGGGAUCGUCAGGACCCAAAUUCACCUGGAAGGGUCCUCGCAUGCAUGGGUGCUCACGAUUGUAUGAGAGAUUGGAUCGUGCUCUCGCCAACUCUUCUUUCAUUUCAGAAUUCUCUGAUUGUGCUGUUAAGGUACUGCCACGGACUCUCUUCUCUGAUCAUAAUCCAAUUUCCAUCAAGAUACAUGAUACUCAAGCUCUUGGAAGAGGGAAAAGACCUUUUCGUUUUGAGGCUAUGUGGUUAUCUCAUUAUAAUUUCAAAGAAUUUUUACUAGACAGCUGGCAUGUUGAUGAUAAUUUAAACAAAAACUUGAAUGAUUUCAAGCAUUCUCUUAUGGUGUGGAAUAAAGAGGUAUUUGGUUUUGUUGAACAAAAGAAAAAGAAUAUUAUGGCUAGGCUAAGAGGAAUUCAAAAUUCUACAGCUUAUCCCUUUUCUAAUUUUUUGGUGGAUUUAGAAUUUUCUCUUCAAAGGGAAUUAGAUGAAAUUCUUAAAUGGGAAGAAACUAAAUGGUUCCAGAAAGCACGUACUGAAUGGAUAAAUAGUGGUGAUCGUAAUACUAGGUAUUAUCAUCUGAAAACCAAGAUGAGAAGAAGGAGAAAUAGAGUUGUAACUCUAAAAAAUGAUGUGGGUAGCUGGGUGGAAGAUGAAACUGAACUCCGAGAUUUAGUUGUCCAGUAUUUUAAAGACAUAUAUAUCUCUGAUUUUUGUGAUGAUGACUUUGAACUCACUACUAAUGCCUCCUUUCCAGCUUUGGAUCAUUCUAUUUUAGCGAACUUAGAUGCGACUCCUUCUAAGGAGGAAGUUAGGAGGGCUCUUUUCUCUAUAGGGCCAUAUAAAGCACCUGGAUAUGAUGGUUUCUCACCCAUUUUCUUUCAAGCUAAUUGGGAAACAGUGGGGAAUACACUGUGUAAUUUUGUUAUGGAAGCUUUUGAUAAUAAGAUAUCUUUAGAUGAAGCUAACAAAACACUCAUCUCUCUUAUUCCUAAAAGAGACAAGCCUGAGUUGCAAGGGCCUGCAGUGUCUCAUCUUAUGUUUGCAGAUGAUUUAUUACUGUUUGGAGAGGCUAGUGAAACACAAGCUCAGAUUGUGAUUGAUUGUCUGGAUAAGUUUUGUAAGGCAUCAGGAGAGAGAGUGAAUAGAUCCAAGUCAUCUCUCUUCUUUUCCAAAAAUAUCCCUCCAGAUCUCAAGGGCAGAAUAAAAAGAAUUAUGGGGAUAAAGAUUUCUGCAGAAAUUGGACAUUAUUUAGGUUUUCCUCUAUCUAUGGAACGAAAGUCAAUGAACAAGUUUCAGUAUAUUGUGAAUAAGGUUAAAAGCAAACUGGCAGCGUGGAAGUCCAACUGCUUAACUACUGUUGAAAGAGUUACUCUUGCAAAAUCCGUGCUAAGCUCUAUUCCAUUAUACCCGAUGCAGGUCGCUAAGGUGCUAAUAGCGAUCUGUCAUGAAAUUGAAAAGCUUUAA